AUGCCCGGUCUUCAAGCUCGAAAUAUCAACACUCUUCACGCCAAAUAUAUCUGUCCUGUUUGUUCACUCAUUCUUCGACACCCACUUCAAAUCAACACUUGCGGACACCGACUCUGCCAAUCUUGUUUUCGUCACAACAAUCAAGCUAUCAUCACCUGUCCACAAUGUCAAACAAUAGCAACGCCUCAUCAAAUUGCGCCUGAUCGUGGUUUCAAUAAUGACAUGCAAUCUCUUCCACUCCUCUGUUCGUUUUGUCAAUGGGAUGGUGUUCUCAGAGAUUACCACGAACAUCUGAACCAAGCUCAUCCUCAUCAUGAACAGAUCAUCGAUAAAUGUGUGUUGAAAGAAUUCGGUUGCAACGAAGAGGUUGGUCGGAGUGGGAUGGCCGAGCACUAUCGAAGCAGACAGCAUCAAGAAGCUAUGAUGAAAAUGGUUGAGCAGAUUAAAUCACAGUCGCGAGGUGGUCAGAUGUCAUAUACUGAAGAUAGUGAUGGUGAUGGAAGCGUAUUACAAGAUUUUGAUGAAAAUGUAGAUGUUCUGGGAAGAGGUAUUGCAACGGUGAACGAAGAUAUCGAACAAGAUCAAGCGGAAAUAGUCGAGUAUGACGGUAGAAUACGAACCUUAACGGAAAGCGUGUCAAAGAGCAAACUAUCAGUUCAAGAACAGAGAGCUUUCUUGGAAGCAACAAAACAAAACCUGGAUGUACUGCACCAGCAGCUGACGUCACUUAAGGACAAAGUCGAUAACUGGAGGCAAGUGUCCAAUGAUGGAACGUAUACAUGGAAAAUCUCGGAAUUUCGAGAGAAGAUGAAUGAUGCUCGAUCUGAGCGACAAACAUCUAUCUAUUCACCACCAUUCUAUUCUUCGUCAAGUGGCUAUAAGAUGUGCGCUCGCUUGUAUUUGCAUGGUGAUGGCAAUGCUCGUCGUACUCACAUGUCGCUGUUUUUUGUUCUGAUGCGUGGUCCGAAUGAUGCUGUGCUAAAGUUUCCAUUCAACUACAGGGUGACAUUCUGUUUGUAUGAUCAAACACCUCAGCAGCGACAUAUCAUCGACUCGUUUCGACCAGACAUCAAAUCCAGUAGCUUUCAGCGGCCACGAUCGGACAUGAAUAUUGCAUCUGGUAUUCCUAAAUUUGCGCAAUUGGAAAUAAUCGAACAGGAAGGCAAUCCAUAUAUUCGUGACGAUGCAAUGUUUAUUCGAAUCAUAGUUGACUUUAACGAAACACCAAAGACCUUACUACCAUACAUGUUGAGUCUAAACCCAGGAAUACCAAUUCAAGUGCAACAGAAGUUGAUGAGAGAAGAAGAGGAGAGACGUGCUGUGGUCCAAAGUUAA